CCCCGGGCGGGCCGGCGGCCCGGGGGAGGGCGGGCGGCGGCGCUAGGCUGUAUAUAUCUCCACGCACCCCGCCAGGUCGCGCACAUCGCCCCGAGCCCAGGCGCCUCCCCGCCCCCCUCCCCGCGCUCCGCGGCGGCGGCGGCAGCAGUAGCAGCAACAUGGCUGUUGAUGGGUGUUCGGGGUGGCGCUGGCGGCGGGAGGAGCUCCCCCGAGCCCCUGCGCCGGCCGCCCGUUGCUAGCUAUGGCAAACGGUGGCGGCGGCGGCGGCGGCAGCAGCGGCGGCGGCGGCGGCGGCGGCGGCGGAGGCAGCGGUCUUAGAAUGAGCAGCAAUAUCCACGCGAACCAUCUCAGCCUAGACGCGUCCUCCUCCUCCUCUUCCUCCUCCUCUUCCUCCUCCUCUUCCUCUUCGUCCUCGGUCCACGAGCCCAAGAUGGAUGCGCUCAUCAUCCCGGUGACCAUGGAGGUGCCGUGCGACAGCCGGGGCCAACGCAUGUGGUGGGCUUUCCUGGCCUCCUCCAUGGUGACUUUCUUCGGGGGCCUCUUCAUCAUCUUGCUCUGGCGGACGCUCAAGUACCUGUGGACCGUCUGCUGUCACUGCGGGGGCAAGACGAAGGAGGCCCAGAAGAUAAAUAAUGGCUCCAGCCAGGCAGAUGGUACUCUCAAGCCAGUGGAUGAAAAAGAGGAAGUGGUGGCAGCCGAGGUCGGCUGGAUGACAUCUGUGAAGGACUGGGCAGGGGUGAUGAUUUCCGCCCAGACAUUGACUGGCAGAGUCCUGGUUGUGCUAGUCUUUGCUCUCAGCAUUGGUGCCCUUGUAAUAUACUUCAUAGACUCAUCAAACCCAAUAGAAUCCUGCCAGAAUUUCUACAAAGAUUUCACAUUACAGAUCGACAUGGCUUUCAACGUGUUCUUCCUUCUCUACUUUGGCUUGCGGUUUAUUGCAGCCAACGAUAAGCUCUGGUUCUGGCUGGAAGUGAAUUCUGUAGUAGAUUUCUUCACAGUUCCUCCCGUGUUUGUGUCUGUGUACUUAAACAGAAGUUGGCUUGGCUUGAGAUUUUUAAGAGCUCUUAGACUGAUACAGUUUUCAGAAAUUUUGCAGUUUCUGAAUAUCCUGAAAACAAGCAAUUCCAUCAAGCUGGUGAAUCUGCUCUCCAUAUUUAUCAGCACUUGGCUGACAGCAGCUGGAUUCAUCCACUUGGUGGAGAAUUCAGGGGACCCAUGGGAAAAUUUCCAAAACAACCAGGCACUUACGUACUGGGAAUGUGUCUACUUACUAAUGGUCACAAUGUCUACAGUGGGCUACGGGGAUGUUUAUGCAAAAACUACGCUUGGACGUCUCUUCAUGGUCUUCUUCAUUCUCGGGGGACUGGCCAUGUUUGCCAGCUACGUCCCUGAAAUCAUAGAGUUAAUAGGAAACCGCAAGAAAUACGGGGGCUCCUAUAGCGCGGUUAGUGGAAGAAAGCACAUUGUAGUCUGUGGCCACAUCACUCUGGAGAGUGUCUCUAACUUCCUGAAGGACUUUCUGCACAAGGACCGGGAUGAUGUCAAUGUGGAGAUCGUCUUUCUUCACAACAUCUCCCCCAACCUUGAGCUUGAGGCUCUAUUUAAACGACAUUUUACUCAGGUGGAAUUUUAUCAGGGUUCUGUCCUCAAUCCACAUGAUCUUGCCAGAGUCAAGAUAGAGUCAGCAGAUGCGUGCCUGAUUCUUGCCAAUAAGUACUGCGCUGACCCAGAUGCAGAAGAUGCCUCCAACAUCAUGAGAGUGAUCUCCAUAAAGAACUAUCACCCAAAAAUCAGAAUCAUAACUCAGAUGCUGCAGUAUCAUAACAAGGCCCAUCUGCUCAACAUCCCCAGCUGGAAUUGGAAAGAGGGUGAUGACGCAAUAUGCCUCGCAGAGCUCAAGUUGGGUUUCAUAGCCCAGAGCUGUCUGGCUCAAGGCCUCUCCACAAUGCUUGCCAACCUCUUCUCUAUGAGGUCAUUCAUAAAGAUUGAGGAAGACACGUGGCAGAAAUACUACUUGGAAGGAGUCUCCAAUGAGAUGUACACAGAAUAUCUCUCCAGUGCCUUCGUGGGUCUGUCCUUCCCUACUGUUUGUGAGCUGUGCUUUGUGAAGCUCAAGCUCCUGAUGAUAGCCAUUGAGUACAAGUCUGCCAACCGGGAGAGCCGAAGCCGAAAGCGAAUAUUAAUUAACCCUGGGAACCACCUUAAGAUCCAAGAAGGUACUUUAGGAUUCUUCAUUGCAAGUGAUGCCAAGGAAGUUAAAAGGGCAUUUUUUUACUGCAAGGCCUGUCAUGAUGACGUCACAGAUCCCAAAAGAAUUAAAAAAUGUGGCUGCAGGCGGCCCAAGAUGUCCAUCUACAAGAGAAUGAGACGAGCAUGUUGUUUUGAUUGCGGACGUUCUGAGCGUGACUGCUCGUGCAUGUCAGACCGUGUGCGUGGUAACGUGGACACCCUUGAGAGAGCCUUCCCGCUUUCUUCUGUCUCUGUUAAUGAUUGCUCCGCCAGUUUCCGUGCCUUUGAAGAUGAGCAGCCGCCAACACUGUCACCCAAAAAAAAACAACGUAAUGGGGGUAUGAGGAACUCACCCAACUCCUCCCCGAAGCUGAUGAGGCAUGACCCCUUGUUAAUUCCUGGCAAUGAUCAGAUUGACAACAUGGACUCCAAUGUGAAAAAGUAUGACUCUACUGGAAUGUUUCAUUGGUGCGCACCCAAGGAGAUUGAGAAAGUCAUUCUGACUCGAAGUGAAGCUGCCAUGACUGUCCUGAGCGGUCAUGUUGUAGUCUGCAUCUUUGGGGAUGUCAGCUCAGCCCUGAUUGGCCUCCGGAACCUGGUGAUGCCGCUCCGUGCUAGCAAUUUUCACUACCAUGAGCUCAAACACAUUGUGUUUGUGGGCUCCAUCGAGUACCUCAAGCGAGAGUGGGAAACACUGCACAACUUCCCCAAAGUGUCCAUAUUGCCUGGUACACCAUUAAGUCGGGCUGAUUUAAGGGCUGUCAACAUCAACCUCUGUGACAUGUGCGUUAUCCUGUCAGCCAAUCAGAAUAAUAUUGAUGAUACUUCGCUUCAGGACAAGGAAUGCAUCUUGGCGUCACUCAACAUCAAAUCUAUGCAGUUUGAUGACAGCAUCGGGGUCUUGCAGGCUAAUUCCCAAGGAUUCACACCUCCUGGAAUGGACAGAUCAUCUCCAGACAACAGCCCAGUGCAUGGGAUGUUACGCCAGCCAUCCAUCACAACAGGGGUCAACAUCCCCAUCAUCACAGAACUCGCUAAACCAGGCAAGUUGCCUUUGGUAUCAGUCAAUCAGGAAAAAAACAGUGGGACCCACAUUCUAAUGAUAACGGAGUUGGUGAAUGAUACUAAUGUUCAGUUUUUGGACCAAGACGAUGACGAUGACCCUGACACAGAGCUGUACCUCACACAGCCCUUUGCAUGUGGGACAGCAUUUGCCGUCAGCGUCCUGGACUCACUCAUGAGUGCGACAUACUUCAAUGACAAUAUCCUCACCCUGAUACGGACCCUGGUGACAGGAGGAGCCACACCAGAGCUUGAGGCUCUGAUUGCUGAGGAGAAUGCACUUCGAGGGGGCUACAGCACUCCCCAGACACUGGCCAACAGAGACCGUUGCCGAGUGGCUCAGUUAGCCCUGUUGGAUGGGCCCUUUGCAGACUUAGGGGAUGGUGGUUGUUAUGGUGAUCUGUUCUGCAAAGCUCUAAAAACAUAUAAUAUGCUUUGUUUUGGAAUUUACCGGCUGAGAGAUGCCCAUCUCAGCACCCCCAGUCAGUGUACAAAAAGGUAUGUCAUCACCAACCCCCCCUAUGAGUUUGAGCUCGUCCCGACAGACCUGAUCUUCUGCCUGAUGCAGUUUGACCACAACGCUGGCCAGUCCCGGGCCAGCCUGUCUCAUUCCUCCCACUCCUCACAGUCCUCCAGUAAGAAGAGCUCUUCUGUCCACUCUAUCCCGUCCACAGCAAAUCGGCCGAACCGGCCCAAGUCCAGGGAGUCUCGCGACAAACAGAAUGCAACAAGGAUGACUAGAAUGGGCCAAGCAGAAAAGAAAUGGUUUACAGAUGAACCGGAUAAUGCCUACCCCAGAAACAUUCAAACCAAGCCCAUGAGUACCCACAUGGCUAACCAGAUCAACCAAUAUAAAUCCACAAGCAGCUUGAUCCCUCCAAUCAGAGAAGUUGAAGAUGAAUGUUGACUCCCAGGAGACCAGAACUAUUUUUUUAAAGCCUGACAAACUUCAUAAAUGGUGACGUGACUUUUCUUCCUCUUCCAUGCUGAAUCACUGGUGGAAACACUAGAGCAAGCAAGAAUUGAAAGAAAAAGUAGACAGCUCUUUCUCUUUGCCUUGAAUAUUGCUUCCAUGUACUUUGGAAAAGAAAAUUAUUUCAUUUAUAAAUGAACAUACUAAAAUAGUCAUGUAUA